AUGUCUGUCCGAUACAGCUCAAGCAAGCAAUACUCUUCCUCCCGGAGUGGAGGGGGAGGGGGAGGAGGAUCAUCCCUCAGAAUUUCGAGCAGCAAAGGCUCUCUUGGGGGAGGCUUCAGCGGGGGCUCUUUUAGCCGUGGGAGCUCAAGCGGAGGUUGCUUUGGGGGCUCCUCCGGUGGCUACGGAGGAGGACUAGGAGGAGGCUAUGGCGGAGGUGGCUUCGGCGGAGGCUAUGGGAGCAGCAGCUUUGGUGGGGGCUAUGGCGGAGGCAGCUUCGGAGGGGGCAGCUUCGGCGGUGGCAGCUACGGUGGAGGUGGCUUCGGUGGAGGUGGCUUCGGUGGAGGUGGCUUCGGAGGUGGCUUUGGUGGUGGGUUUGGAGGAGAUGGUGGCCUCCUUUCCGGAAAUGAGAAAGUCACCAUGCAAAAUCUGAACGACCGCCUGGCUUCUUACUUGGAUAAAGUCCGGGCUCUGGAAGAAUCAAAUUAUGAGCUGGAGGGUAAAAUCAAGGAGUGGUAUGAAAAGCAUGGCAACUCGAGCCAGCGGGAACCUCGCGACUACAGCAAAUACUACCAAACCAUUGAAGACCUGAAGAAUCAGAUCCUCAGCCUCACAACGGACAAUGCCAACGUCCUGCUUCAGAUUGAUAAUGCCAGGCUGGCAGCCGAUGACUUCAGGAUGAAAUAUGAGAAUGAGCUGACCCUGCGCCAGAGCGUGGAGGCCGACAUCAACGGGCUGCGCAGGGUGCUGGACGAGCUGACCCUGACCAAGGCCGACCUGGAGAUGCAGAUCGAGAGCCUCAAGGAAGAGCUGGCCUAUCUGAGGAAGAACCAUGAGGAGGAAAUGAAAGACCUUCAAAACGUGUCCACUGGUGACGUGAACGUGGAAAUGAACGCCGCUCCAGGAGUGGACCUGACUGAACUUCUCAACAACAUGAGAAGCCAAUAUGAACAGCUCGCCGAGAAGAACCGCAAAGAUGCCGAAGCCUGGUUCAAUGAGAAGAGCAGGGAACUGACCACAGAAAUUGACAGCAACAUUGAACAAAUGUCCAGCCAUAAAACAGAAAUUACUGAAUUGAGACGCACCGUCCAAGGUCUGGAAAUCGAACUGCAGUCCCAGCUGGCCCUGAAACAAUCCCUGGAAGGCUCCUUGGCGGAGACAGAAGGCCGCUACUGCGUGCAGCUCUCACAGAUCCAGGGCCAGAUCUCCUCGCUGGAGGAGCAACUGCAGCAGAUCCGGGCUGAGACCGAGUGCCAGAACGCCGAGUACCAGCAGCUGCUGGACAUCAAGAUCCGCCUAGAGAACGAAAUCCAAACCUACCGCAGCCUGCUGGAGGGAGAGGGCAGGUGAGUGGGGCAAGCGGCCCAGGGGACGGGAGGGCAGGGCUUGUCGAGCUCCGGAGGUGGAUCCUACGGCGGCGGGCGCGGAGGCGGCAGCUCCGGGGGCCACGGCGGCGGCUACGGGGGCGGCAGCAGCUCCGGGGGUCACGGCGGCGGCUACGGGGGCGGCAGCAGCUCCGGGGGCCACGGCGGCGGCUACGGGGGAGGUAGCAGCUCCGGCGGCGGCAGCAGCUCCAGCGGCGGCCAGAGCGGAGGCGGAGGCUUCAAAUCCUCCUCCGGAUCCGCUGGGGAGACCUCCUCCUCGUCCAAGGGACCAAGGUCAGCAGAAACUAGCUGGGAUACUAAUAAAACCAGAGUGAUCAAGACAAUUAUUGAGGAAGUGACACCUGAUGGGAGAGUCCUUUCAUCCAUGGUUGAAUCAGAAACCAAGAAAUACUACUUUUAA